AUGGAGAAUUCGCCUUCGAUUUCCCUUGUGGAUAAUACCGUCCCACAGCAACCCACCGGCGAAGGAGCUACACGGCGCACAUCCACCCUCAAUCAGCAGGGAACCCUGACGAAGCACCUGAGCCGUGCAUCCGUCCAAAGCCAGCUCACAAAGCGGAAAUACGCAAAAUGGCAACCUGACAGACUUGGUAUCGCGCCCGACACAAACGACUCGUUCAGCCGAGAAUCGUCCCAAGUGCGCGGAGGCUCGAUCUCAGCCAGCUCCGCCGGAGAAGGCAGUGGGGGCAGAGAUGUUGAAACCGCCGACUUUGCUCCGUCGCGAGUCUCGACUAAUAAUGGGAGCAGCAGCGGCCAGGUGAACGGAACAGGAGACCAAACCAACGGCCGGGAGGACUCCAGAUCGCGCUCGGAAAUGGACAUUCUCUACGAGAACCAGCGGGGCUGGUUCAUUUUUGGUGUCCCACGUUACUCGCACAGCUCGCUUUUGAACCUCGAUCCCAGUCCCUGGAUGACCCAGGACCGCAGGGCCAGUCCUGUUGAUAUCACGAAUGCCCAGCUGCCUGAUCCGAGCUGGGAAUGGACGUGGAAGACAUGGUAUGUUGACAUGUCUGGUGAUACCGAUGAGCAAGGGUGGCAGUACUCUUUUUCAUUUUCCUCGUCUUCGUGGCAUGGUACGCAGCCGUGGUUUCAUUCGUUUGUUCGGAGAAGACGGUGGGUGAGACUACGGACUAAGGCCCUUGCACGGCGGAACCUUGGUCGCCCGGACUUUGAGAAAUCUCAUAUGCUCACUGAAGACUAUUUUACUAUUCAUUCUUCCAAGGCCAGAGGUCGGGAGCAGAGUACUGCGGGACUGUCCCGGGUGGAAUCCGGCUUCUUGAAUCAUCCGAGCAUAACGGUUGAUGAGGAGCCACAUGUCGAUGAAAUUGGGGAUAUACCCAGUUUGAUGCAUGCUUUGAAGUUAGCUUCCAUUGAUCGAGAGAAGAUCGAUGCAUUGAAGAAAUUUAUUGAGCAAGGAGGCGAAGAGCUCUAUUAUCUGAACGACAAGAUACCAGACAUAAUGCCCAUGUUCCUAUUCCAGACCUCCCGCUGGCAAUUCGUAACAUAUCUUUCUAAUGUCAUUCGGGAGCUGUCCAAAACUCCCACCGAUUCCAAUAAAGACGCCGAUGCAGUCCAACGCAAGAAAGACAAUCUCGCCCGUGCCGUGGAAUCUUGCAAGCAUCAUGUUACUGGACCGGACAUCUUUAAAGAUGACCAUGGAGAGUCGGGAACGGGAUUAUUAGACUUGACUCCGGUAGCCAAGCAGGAUACAUUAAUGGCUAAGCGGCCGGUCUUGGAGGAACGUGCGAGGUCGAUGAGGCGGAUUUUCAGGGGAAUUCCCAAGGCUGCUGAGAUUGACCGUGAAGGUCACAUUUAUUAA